AUGGCCUCCAAUAGCGCCCAUACCGUGCCGGCUGGUCAGACAGUGACCUACACGCCUUCAACUCAUCCAUUGACACAAGCCCGCACUGAGCGCUCCAACAACUCAACAGACCGCACAUCCUCCACUAUCACCCACUCACGGUCAGUCAUCGGUCUCCAUCCAGAUGCCCCUAUCGACGAAGAGAAUGACCAUGGACCAGCCUCAGAACUUUUAUGGUCACGCAUACGCGCCGUGUUGCGUGAGCCCUUCGCUGAGUUCUGGGGCGUAGCGAUCAUGGUCAUGUUUGGAGAUGGCUCGGUGGCACAAGUCUUGCUCAGUACGGGGCAAGAAACAGCACCAGGUGGGAAUGGAUUUGGAUCGUAUCAAUCGAUAAACUGGGGCUGGGGACUCGGCGUGAUGCUAGGAAUCUACGUCGCAGGCGACAGCGGCGCAUACCUCAACCCCGCCAUAACAUUCUGCAACUGUCUCUUUCGGCAGCUUCCCUGGCGACGUUUCCCAAUCUACUUGAUCGCGCAGAUGCUAGGCGGCUUUGUGGGGAGCGGUAUCGUGUACGCAAACUACCUCUCCGCAAUCGACUACUUCGAAGGCCACAACCUACGCACCGUUCCGCCCGCGCCGAACGCAACAGCGGGCAUAUUCUGCACGUACCCGCAAGCAUUUGCGACCAAGACGAGUCAGUUCUUCAGCGAGUUCAUCGCCAGCGCACUGCUGAUGUUCGUCAUCUUCGCGCUCAAGGAUCCGAGUAACAAUGGCGUGCCCAAAUCCGACAAAUGCUUCCCGCUGUGCCUCUUCUUCCUGGUCUUCGGCCUCGGAAGCUGUUUCGGGUGGCAGACGGGCUACGCGAUCAACAUGGCGCGCGACCUGGGACCGCGGCUGAUGAGCUACGUCGUCGGCUACGGGCCCCAAGUGUGGUCCGCGGGCGGCUAUUACUUCUGGAUCCCGGUGGUGGCGCCGUUUCUGGGCUGUGCGUUUGGUGCGUUUCUGUACGAUGUGUUUGUCUACACGGGGCCGAGCCCGAUCAAUACGCCCUGGCUGGGGGUGAAGCAGUUGGUAGUGCCGAAACAGAUGGCGAGAGCGAGGAGAGAACAUCGUAGGAGGGAGAAGGAGGAGGGUCUUGUUUGA